GGACUGGGUGAAAUAGAGAUAUCGUUUGAUGAGAUUGAGUGUUCUGAUGGAAAACUGGAACUAGGUGGUUUGAGCUGGAGUGGCACUGUGCAAUACAGUGGCUGCUGGGUACAUGGAACUGAAAAGGAUACAGUGAACGCAGGCUAUUCGGCCCAACAAAUCCAUGCUAGUGUUUACGUUCCACUUGAGCUUCGUCCCAUAUUUCUCCAUCGAAAUCGAUAAUCGCUCACUUGGACCUGGGUUUUGCAGCAAGUGUGAGGGGCACUGGGACUGGGUAUUGCAGGGGAAGGGGCGGAGCUGUGGAAGUCACCUCUCCAAGGUUCGACCCAAUUCGGACGCUAAUCUCCUGAAACUAAAAAGAAGGCAUGGCAACAGAAGCGCCCUUGGUCUUUAAACCGUGAGCCCGCCUGGGAAUCCAAUGCAGACGCUGUCUGUUGGGACUGAGUCUUUGGAAAGGGCAGGACUCCGUGAGUUUUUUUUGGGCCGUUUGCCUCGCUUCGCUGCUUGGACACGGCGUGUGGCUGCAACGAUCCCUGUACUUCAGGAAUUCGGUUUAAGAAAGGAACAUCCAGCCAAGACACGACGCUGGGAGCUGUGUGUGAGUGAGGAGGGUGGGUGUGGGGCCUGUGUACCUGACCGUGGAGGGGAGGGGAGCUCCCAGUUAUGAGGGGAGUUUGAGUCCAGUGUGUGUCUGUUUCCUCAUCCCAAGGACAUCAGGUGGACUGAAAGUCAAGGCAGUGACAUCACAGAGAGGCUGGCUGCACUCACUCUCUCAGGCGAGCGGCAGCUACAAGGAGAAAGCAGCAGCUUCAGAGGGAGAGGGAGAGAGACACAGAGACCCCCUCCCCCUCAUACAAACACACACACACACACACACAGGGAGAGAGGAGGCGCUGGCGGAACCCCUAGGCUGGAGGAUGUGAGUGAGACACAGAGAGAGAGAGAGAGCGGAGGCUCGGUGCCUUUCCUCGCCCCCUUUACCCCCAGGGCUCCGGGCGGCAGGAUGCUGCUCCUGCUGCUGCCGCCGCUGCUGCUGCUUCUAUGCUGGGGCGAACCCCGGCUCCAGGACGGGGACGCGCUGGUCGGCAGCUCCUGGAACACCAGCCGACCCGGGCUGCUCAGAGCGCGGGCAGGAGCAGCAGGGGAGACCGGGGCGCCGAACAACAGCGAGCCGGAGCCGCAGGAGGAGACGGGCAGCGGCCUGGAAGACAGCACUUGCGCCUAUAAGGUGCUGCUGAACGGGAGAGGAGGAGGAGGAGGGGGCAGGAUCUGCUUCAGGAGCACGGACAGCGGGUUCCGCUGCGGCCCGGGGAGCUGCCGGGUGUACCGCUCGGGCCCCUGGCUGGUGGCGAACGUACUGGCGAACAGCAGCGUCUUCCUGCAGUGGCGGCCGCGGAGCCUGCGCCACCUUCGGGGCUUCCAGCUGAACUGCAGCUGGAGCGGCCUCUACACCCAGUUCCAGUGCGACAGCGUGCAGCUCGGGGUCGCCUGCCGCGACUACCUGCUCAGCAGCGUCCACGACAGCGUGGAGUACCGCAUCUGCCUGCACACCCUGUACAGCGGCGGCGGCCGGAGGGACGAGGAGUGCCUGCAGUUCCGCGCCGAGCCCGCCGGCAUGCAGGACAUUGUCAUCGCCAUGACCGCUGUCGGGGGCUCCAUCUGCGUGAUGCUGGUGAUCAUCUGCCUGCUGGUGGCCUACAUCACCGAGAAUAUCAUGCACCCCGCCUUCGGCCGGCCUUCCGCCAAGCGGGCACGGGAGGAGCACCGGCUCGCCACCUAAUAAUUUACACACCUCGCCCGCAUUUAUAGACAGGAACAAACCAACCAAAAACAAAAAAAAAACCAAACUUUUUCAGGAGCAGCCAUCAAAAGUAGCCAGGAGGGGGAGCAAAGAAGAGGAGAAAGUGCACCUGGAAUCAGCCCUCUCUCUGCAGUUUGAGGAGGGAUGGGGAGAAACACACACACACACAGUCUGCUGGCCCCCUGCCUUUCCCAGGAGGGAUCUGUCUGCAACGUCUCGACUCCGGGGAUGAUGAAGGUCGACAGACACGGACAGACGGCUCUACUUUUGAGUUGGAAUGAACACUGGGAGCAGCUGGAGUUCGCCCCUUGCUGUGUCCCACUUCAAAAGUGACUUCCUCCCCCUUUUCGGUGUCAAGGCGACCUUGGAAACGCUGACCGCCCGGAAGGAGCGGACUGCAAUCGCUCUCUGACACGAAGAAGCACAACCGAUAACACGAGAGACCGUUUAUCUCCUGUUCGGAUCAAAUUCUGUUCGACUCGUGUUUUUUUUUAAGAUUUAAAUUCUACUUCAGAGAACAGAAUCUGUCCCAUGUAAAUAUACAGGUACCGUUCGAGGGGAAUAAAGUCCGAACAUUGACUUGUA